AUGUCUAUACCUUAUCUAUCUAUCUAUCUAUCUAUCUAUCUAUCUAUCUUCAUUCUUAUCUAUCUUCAUUCUUAUCUCUCUCUCUCUCUGUCCAUUCGUUAUCUAUCUAUCUAUCUAUGUUCAUUCUCAUCUUUGUUCAUUCUUUAUCUCUCUCUCUCUCUCUCUGAUCAUUCGUUAUCUAUCUAUCUAUGUUCAUUCUUAUCUAUGUUCAUUCUUUAUCUCUCUCUCUUUCUGUUCAUUCGUCAUCUCUCUCUCUCUCUAUCUAUCUAUCUACCUAUCUAUCUAUCUAUCUAUGUUCAUUCUUAUCUUUGUUCAUUCUUUAUCUCUCUCUCUCUCUCUCUGAUCAUUCGUUAUCUAUCUAUCUAUCUAUCUAUGGUCAUUCUUAUCUAUGAUCAUUCUUUAUCUAUCUCUCUUUCUUUCUGUUCAUUCGUUAUCUCUCUCUCUAUCUAUCUAUCUAUCUAUCUAUCUAUGGCCAUUCUUAUCUUUGUUCAUUCUUUAUCUCUCUCUCUCUCUCUCUCUCUCUGUUCAUUCGUUAUCUAUCUAUCUAUCUAUCUAUCUAUCUAUCUAUCUAUGGUCAUUCUUUAUUUGUCUCCUUCACUCUUUAUUUAUCUAUUUUUAUACUUUCAUAGAAACGUGAAACACACCUACCUUUCUUUCUUUCUUUCUUUCUUUCUUUCUUUCUUUCUUUCUUUUUCUUUCUUUCUUUCUUUCUUUCUUUCUUUCACUGAAGCCAAGUAG